AUGGCUGAUCCAUUACAGUUAAUUGAUAAAACUUCGAAUAUUCAGGACUCAGAUAUCUCUGAUGAGGUGAAAUUUCAGAGAAUUGUUAUUAUUCGGGAGAUUAUAAACUUUCAUCCUACUUGGUUGGUUGAACCCUCUUCCGAACCUAUUCUUAAAUGCCUCAAAGAAGCAUGGAAUGAUCCGGGACGUCUGGAAAGAUUGAAACGAGAAGACACUUUAAGCCUAUCUCAAUGUCGUGAAUCCAAGUACCUUGUUGAGAUAUUCAUCUGUUAUUUGAAAGAAAAUCCAAAUGAUAUUGAUUUGCUAUUUGAACUAGUAACUAUAUUUUCUUAUGAAAGUGUGAUCGACUAUACAUUCUUAAAAAAAUUCUAUCAAGAAGAAGUCGCAAUGAAAUAUAGUGUAACACAAAAAAGAGCUAUUCUUGACAAGUUUUUAGAUAGUUUCAUUGAUUCUUUUAUUCCUGCUAGCGUUAAGAUGCAAUCUUUAAAGGUUAUUAUUACUCCAAUGCUUUUGUAUACAUUUGCCAAAGGGCAAGAAUAUGAACAGAUCAUUGGAACUGCCCAAAUGGAUAAGAUCCAAAAUAUUUGGCGUUACCUGGCUGAAACUCAUGAUGAAAUUGAGGAUUCAUUGCGUAUUGAGGUUUUACAAUUUUCAACACUUCUCGUGCAACGCGUACCACAUCUUAUUAGUACACGAAGUGACCUUGCAAAAAUUGGUUGGACUUGGUCUAGAGCUGAUGAUAUAACUGCUAAACAAACUGCAUUUGUCUUUUUGGCUCAGAUCUUUGCAGAAUUUGAUUCUGUUAAUUCAAAAAUCCUAGUCCAAUCUUAUUUUGCACUUUUAAGAGCACAUCAACUAGAAGCAAGAACAUUAGUAAAACAAGCUUUAGAUAUUCUUGCACCAGUGCUUCCAAAAUUAAAGACGCCGCAUCCACUUCCGUCUAAAGAAUCUUUUGAUGAAUCUAAGAAAGAUUCCAAAAAUAAAAAAGCCCCAACUCCAAGCUGGAUUCAAUACGCAAAAAAAGUUUUAUUAGAAGAUGGGUACAGCGUUUCUCAAUUGGUCAAUGUUUACCAAUUGCUAGUGCGGCACCCUGAUUUGUUUUAUGAACACAGAGAACAUUUUAUAUCCCAGAUUGCGAAUACAUUGACAAGAUUAGGAUUACUUCAAAGCGCUACUGCCGAGACUCGACUUUUGACCAUAGAUCUCUCUGAAUUAAUUUUAAAAUGGGAAAAGCGUAGAAUUUCUGAAAAUCGCAUCCCAGAGCAAUCAAGUGCAUCAUCAACUCCUGCUAUGACACCAGACAAACGUCGCAUUGACUCAGAACCAGAAUAUUCUCCACGUAAACGAAUAGUGAUUGAACAUGGUGGUGAAUAUAGGAGUAUUGUUGCAGAACCAAACCAAAAGUAUAUUCCGAACAUAAAUUUACGAGAAAGCGUGGUCGGAUAUCUUACUCGAUUUGUGUGCACCUCUAGCGAAUCAGUCAGUAAAUCUGGUUUGGCUCGCCGAGCGUUAGAAUUAAUAAAAGAAUUUUUGCUUCCUGACUUUUGGCCUGAGGUUAACGUGAAACUUUCUGCUUUUGAAAGAACUCUUAAAUAUACAGAGGUUAGUCCAAAUAUACUUAAUAGUGUGUGCAAUAGUUUGGAAGUUUUAAAUGUAAUACUUGAAAGAAAGCCAGCAGAUUGGUGUCUUGCAAAUAUUGUCCAUCUUCAACAAUUAUUGGAGACUAGUAUCGGAAACACACAAGUAAGAAUCCAAGAAUGUCUCCAUCCGGUACUUGUUCAUAUGUAUAAAUCUUUGGCUCCACCACCAUUUGAGGAAGCUGCUCCUUUAAAUCCAGAACAACCAUCCUCACCUGAUUCUGAAGUUGAAAAUUUUAUCAAAAUUAUCCAUACUACAAUUCAAGAAGGCCUUCAAAAUAUGAACACAAAUAAUUUAUAUACUGCAAUGAUGUUAUUAAAAUCAGUGGGCUGCAAUACUCCAAAGAACCUUGAUCCUUUUCUAACAGGAAUUAUUCAAGUCAUACAAAAACUUACCAAAGAUGUUACUACUUCACCGCCGAAUGCUUCCACCAGUAGUAGUAAUUUAAAUGGUGCACAUCCUCCUGAUUCUCCAAUAAACGUUCUUAUAAUGGCUUUGCAACUUGUGAACUCACGAAUUUCGGAGUUGACCGAGCUAAGACCUAUUUUUCUCGCAGCACUUUCCCAAUUAAUAGAGAAAACUAAUGAUUAUGUGCUUUCGCGAACUAUUUUUGAAAUGGCUAAAGAGUGGGUUAUUGGUAAAUUGGAGCCCUUUCCUACUCUAGAUGAAAAAUCGGACAUACUAGUUAAAAUGUUAUGUUUCGAAUCUUUAGACGAUAAGACUUUAAUUGAGGAUUUUUUGAAUCUCGUUAUCUCUAUAUAUAGCGAUCCUUCUUUCACUAGAUCUGAGAUGACAGUGAAGUUAGAAAAAGCAUUUUUAAUUGGCACUCGCUAUAAUAAUCCCAAAAUUAGAAAUAAAUUUAUGGAUAUAUUUGAUCAUAGUAUGGCUCGAUUGUUGUCGACGCGUCUCUCAUAUAUAUUAUCAGAACAAAAUUGGGAAUUUUUAUCGGAUUAUUUUUGGCUUCAUCAAGCCUUAGAUGUUCUUUUAGGUUCUGUUUCAUCUAAGAAAAGGGUUCAGCCGCCAACAUUCAGUUUACAAACAAAGUCUAUCGCAACUCUUGGUGGGUCUUCGAAUUUACAAUCAUUGACUCCUAGCAAAGAAUUGGAAGACUUUUUAAUAAAACAUCGAGAAUUUUUGCGUGACCUGAAAAAAAUGCGUGUCGGUGAUCUAUUACCGUAUUUAAAACAGCUACACUAUUUGGAUGAUAAUUUAACAUAUAAACAGUGGGUAGGCCUUUUUCCCUUUUGUUGGGCCUCCAUUCCUUCUAAGGAAAGGCAAGAUUUAUCUAAUAAUUUGAUAGCGCUCUUAUCAAAAGAAUAUCAUGCAGCACAAUCAGACUUAAGACCUAAUUGCAUACAAGCGUUAUUGGAAGGUAUAUCUCGUUGUUCACCUACCAUCAGACUACCACCACAUUUGGUAAAAUUCCUUGGAAAAUCUCAUGGUGCUUGGCAUACAGCUAUGGAAAUUCUCCAGACCACUUAUGAGGGAAUCAAAGAAGACGAUAAAUUUAAAGAAAGCAUUUUAGAUGCACUGGCUGAUCUGUAUUCAACCCUAUCAGAGGAUGAUAUGUUCUACGGUUUGUGGAAAAGACGAUGUAAAUUUGCAGAAACACAUUCUGCAAUAUCAUACGAACAGUGUGGAAACUGGACACAAGCGUUGCUUGCAUAUGAAACCGCGCAAACAAAAUCACGAGCAUUGGGUUCUCCAUGUACUGAGUCAGAAUAUCUGUUGUGGGAAGAUCAUUGGGUCAUGUGCUCCCAAAAGUUGCAACAGUGGGACAUUCUCAUUGACUUUGCAAAAAAUGAGAAUAAUAUAGAUUUAAUGUUCGAGAGUGCUUUUCGUUUAAUAGAAUGGUCUACGGAGAAAGAGAUUUUCGAACAAAAUAUACAAGUAUUUUCAGAUUCACAUCAAAUCUCGAGACGAAAAAUGUUUGAGUCAUUCGUGAGUUUAAUGAAAUCUCAACAAACGAACAAUUAUGAAGAUUUUAAAAAAAUUUCAGAAGAAGCGCAUCAAUCAGCUUUACGCAAAUGGCACACACUUCCAAAUGUAGUUUCACAGAGCCAUAUUCCCUUACUUCACUCAUUCCAGCUCUUGGUUGAAUUUGAUGAUGCUACAAGAAUGUUUUCGUCCUUAGCAGAUAUUAACCAUCAAAACGCUGAUACUAAAGCUAGUGAAUUAAAGAGUGUAUUGCAAAGCUGGCGAGAGCGAUUGCCAAAUAUGUGGGACGAUAUAAAUGUGUGGAGCGAUAUUGUGGCAUGGAGACGUCAUGUUUUUAAUGUAAUAAAUAAAUCAUUUGCACAAUUUCAGGCCCAGAACACAACUAAUACUAUGGCCAAUACCAAUUAUCCAUUCCGUGGACACCACGAAACAGCAUGGACCAUAAAUAGAUUCGCACAUGUUGCAAGAAAGCAUCAGCUUUCUGAAGUGUGCAUCAAUUUCUUACAACUAAUUUAUAAUUUACCGAACAUUGAAAUACAAGAAGCAUUUUUGAAACUAACAGAGCAAACUAAAUGUCAUUAUCAAAAUCCAAAUGAUGUAGCUAAUGCCCUGGAUGUUAUAAACAAUACUAAUCUUAAUUAUUUUGGGUCUCAACAAAAGGCUGAAUUUCAUACUUUACGCGGAAUGAUACAGGCCAAGUUGAGUCGAGACCAUGAGGCUAAUGAUAGUUUUUCACGAGCCGUGCAAGUGGAUAUGCGCCUUCCUAAAGCCUGGGCUGCAUGGGGACAUUAUUAUGAUAAUAAAUUUAAAUCAAAUCCUGAUGAAACGACUUUUGCUGCUAAUGCUUUAAGUUGUUAUUUACAAGCAGCUGGCCUUUAUAAUAGUCACAAAUCUAGAAAGCUGCUUGUUCGUAUUUUAUGGCUUUUGUCAAUUGAUGAUGAUAAAGGACAUAUAUCUCGAGUUUUUGAAACUUAUAAUAGUAAGAGUGAAGUUCCGGUAUGGUACUGGAUAACUUUCAUACCACAACUUAUUGCUUGUCUAUUGCAUAAGGAAGCAAGGCACGCACGUACAAUUCUUAUGAAGAUCGCCAAACAGUAUCCUCAGGCUUUGCACUUCCAAUUACGAACAGCACGAGAAGAAUCCAUGCUGAUUAAAAAGCAGGCUGCUGCCCUGGCAGUCCAACAGGCACAAGCACGCGCUGGACAGAUUUCAUCUUCCGUUGUUAAUACAUCAGGAGCUCCUUUAACAUCAAUGCCCCCGUCCGUUACCGGUAACGAAGGGGUGAUAGCGAAUCAAUUAAAUACAAACGUAAUUGUUAAUGGAAACGGCCACAGAUCAUUACAAGUGAGCCCAGAGCAAUCGAGUCCUAGUCAAGCAAGCUCUGACCAAAUGAGCCCUCAAGCAAUAAACUUUUCACAAUCAAGUCCCAUGCCAUCACAACCUCCGCAAAGUCCUGCGAUUCAAAUGGGAAAUAAUGGUAAUAAUGCUAUUAAUGGAUCAAUUAGUCAUAUGCCGACACCAUUGCCUAAUACUUCAACACAAAACAUGCAAAGUAUGAAUGGAGUUCAUAAUGGAAUGUCCUCAAGUGUACCGGGUACGCCUUUAAGUGGCCAUGUACCUACUACACCAACGAACGGAAUAAUACAUAAUACGCCUAUCACUCCCACAAAUGUAUCUCAGAAUGCUCAUCCUUCAACUCCAACUAACAACAUUGAACACGGACGAUCUCCAAUUACUCCUGGACUUGGAAUGAGUACAAAUCCUCAUACGUUACAAAAUCUUGCACAUACACCUCAGUCUCAGCAAGUAUCGAAGCAACCAUGGGAACAUAUUGAAGAUGUAAUGUCAAUUUUAAAAACAUCAUUUCCAUUGCUUGCUUUAUCGAUCGAAACUAUGGUGGACCAGAUUCAACAACGUUUGAAACCAUCAUCUGACGAAGACAUUUACCGCUUGAUCGUUGCGUUAUUAAAUGAUGGAGUGCAGCAAAUCAUUAACCGAUUAAAUUAUCCUAAUGAUGAUGGUACGCUAACCCCGGUGAUUGAGACGAAUAUUAAACGAUUUGCAGAAAAUCUAUUACCUGGAGCUAUUAAGCCGAACUUGGCGCAGUACGUCGAAACACUCCGCAAGUGGAGGGAUCGGUUUGAAAUUGUUUUGGACAGUAAGCCUCGAACACAACAUUUGGAACAUUUCAGUCCGUAUUUAGUUGAAUUUCAGCAUCAAAAGUUUGAAGAAGUUGAAGUUCCAGGACAGUACUUAUUGCAUAAAUUUCACAAUAAUACUGAAUUUGUUCGUAUUGAUCGAUUUAUGCCGGAAGUUGAAGUUAUUAGAUCACAUGGGAUCUGUUACAGAAGGCUUACCAUACGUGGACACGAUGGGAGCCUUCAUCCUUUUGCCGUUCAGCUUCCGUCAGCAAGACAAAGCCGUCGUGAAGAGCGAAUAAUUCAACUUUUUAGGAUACUCAAUACCGUGUUGGAACGUCGCAAAGAGAGUCGUAAACGUAAUAUUUCCUUCCACCUUCCUUUAAUUAUUCCAUUAGGACCUCAGAUUAGGAUAGUGCAGGACGAUCCUUCAUAUUGUUCAUUGCAAGAGAUUUAUGAAGAUCAUUGCGAUGUUACUGGAAUUUCCAAGGAUGAAGCAAUAAUCUACUAUACUAACAAAAUGAGAGCCAACAAUCGAGAUGCUCGGAUGGUCAAAGAUCUGACAAAUUUGAGAGUCGAAGUUGCUGAACAAAUUGCGUCUAAAUUUAUUCCAAGUGACAUACUUACAAAAUUUAUGACAAAGACAAUGAAAUCACAUGAAAAUCUUUGGACAAUAAGAAAACGAUUCACUUCCCAAAUGGCUGCUGUAUCUUUUAUGACAUACAUUAUGUCUAUUAAUCAAAGAUAUCCUCACAAAUUUAUGAUUUCGCGGAAUACUGGCAACAUUUGGAUGACUGAAUUACUUCCUGCGUUUACGCCGAAUGUGCCAAUGUUGCACAAUAGUGAAGCGGUGCCGUUCAGAUUUACGCGCAGUCUACAACACUUUAUGACACCAAUUGGUAUCGAAGGUGUUUUCAGCUCAGCAUUGAUGGCAAUUGGCCGCUGUCUAACCGAACCCGAAUUUGAUUUGGGACAAUAUCUGGGCAUAUUUAUCCGAGAUGAACUAAUUACUUGGCAUUACAUGAUCCAAAGACCCGUUAACGAACAAAAUCUUCGACAAAAAGUAGCGUUAAAUGUGGAUCAGAUUGUCAAUAAGGCACAAGCUAUUGGAAGUUUUGAUAUAGAACGGGAAAAGACACCUAAUAAUUUGAAGUUGAACAGUUCAGUAUUAGAAUUAAUAAAGGCAGCGACUAAUACACAAAACUUGGCCGCUAUGGAAGUUAAUUGGAUGCAAUGGUUGUAA